AUGAGCCAUGAUGAUAUUAUAAUUAUGAAAGGCGCGGAGGCAUCCGACGUGGAAGGGCACGCCAAAGGCGCGGAGGCGCCCGAGAAGCAGCCCACGAAAGAGCACACCACGACAAAGUGGCGGCGCGCCGUCGCGCUGAUCUCCGGCGGCGGCCCGUCGAGCUACGGCGGCGACACGCGCGCCGCGGCGCUCGGCGCCUGGCGCGCCGACGCGCUCGCCGCCGCGUGCCCGCUCGCGCUCCUCGCGGGCGCCCUGCAGCUCGCGGCCGUCGCGCCGUCGCGGCGCGCGAACGCGCGCGCGCUCGCGGCUGUCCACGAGGACCUGCCGGACCACGCGGCGACACUGCUGCGCCUCCUCGACGCCGCCUCUAUCGUCGCCGGCUGCGCGAUCCUCGCCGGCGCGCUGCUCGUCGGCGCGGCGGCGGCCUCCGCGCGGCGCCACGGCGCGGGCCUCGGCGGCGCGUCCGCGCGGCUCGCACGCCGGGGCAUGGCCGUGGCGACGUGCGCGCCCUUCCUCGUGCUGCUGCUCGUGCCCCUCGCGGCGAGCGUGCGCUGGAGCGACCUCCAGGAGCAGCUCUGCGAGGACACGCUGUCGCUCCUCGUCGCCGACGGCAGCAGGGCGGCCCGCGGCUUACUCUUCGUGCUGGACCACGGCGCGGAGCUCGGCGCGCUCGACGACGCCUGGGACGUCGAGGACGUAUCGCGCGACGGCGCGCUCGCGGCCCAGCGGUACUGCGCGAGCUACGGCAAGGGCUGGAACGAGCGGCUCUUCGAGGCGACGCUCCCGCGCGUGCUCGCCGCCGCCGAGGCGUGCGCGUCCGCGACGGCGACCGCGUGCCCCGCGACCUGCCCCGCGGAGCUCUGCGCGAACGCCGACGCCGCGUCCCAGGUCGCGGCCAUCGCGCUCGAGGCGGCGGCGCUCGGCGCCGCCGCCACGGCCGCGGAGCAGGCGCUCACGUCCGCGGAGCUCGUCGUCUCGACGCUCCUCGCGCUCCACGCGUUCCGGCUCCUCGCGCCGCCCAGCCUCGCCGUCGCCAACGCCUUCGCCGCGGCGCUCGCGGAAGCGUGCCGCCUCUACCCCGGGGCGCCGCUCCUGGGCUCGUUGCUCGUGUGCGUGGCCUUGUUCGGCCUUCCGUUAGCCGCGGCGCCGCUCGCCGCGAUCUACCAGCUCGUCGGCUCGCCGCGGCUUCUCCCGGCGAUCUGGCUCGCGCUCGCGUCGCAGGCCGCGUUGCUCAUCGCCGCGGCGCCCCUCGAGGCCGAGGCGGGCGGCGGUGACGUCGAGCGGCGCCUCGAUAUGGCAAGCGCCGCGCGGGUUGUCGCGCUCCUCGGAGCGGGCGUCGCCGCGGCGGCCUUCGCGCUCUCGCCCGCGGACUACGCCGCGGGCCUCGACGAGCUCUUAGCCGUCGCGCCCAUCACCGCCACGGCGUGCGCGGCCCCUCCCGGAGGCGGCAACGCGACGGUCGUGCGCUUCGGCGCCGUCGACGAGUCCGGCCUCCGCGUCGCCGGCCGGGGCUGGGGACGCGUGGUCGCGAAGUGGCGAUGCGCGAAGCAGAUGAAGAUCGCGGUGCUCGGCGGGUCCAUGACGUGCGGCGGCAACCUCGCGAAGCGGCACAACGACAAGACCAAGGCCUGGCCUGCGCGGCUGCUCGCGAAGCUGCGGUCGAGCCUCGGCGCGGGCGUCGCGCUCCACAACGCGUGCGAGCCGGCGUCGUCCCUGGGCUGGUGCGUGAGCCUCCUGUCGACGCACGUCCCGCCGGGCACGGACAUCGUCGUCGUCGACUACUCGCAGAACGACAACCGGCCGACGAUCGAGGACGCGCGCGAGGGCGGCGCGGCCGUCGACGAGCUCGUGAGCGUCGCGGCGGAGGCCUUCCUCGUGGCCCUCGCGAAGCUCGCGGGGAGCCGGCGCGAGCCGCCGCCCGCCGUGCUCUUCCUCACGACGAUCCUGCCGCCCAAGUUCCACCAGCCGACGACGGCGCCGGCCUUAAAGGGCUGGCGCGCGCUCUGGGCCGACCCGGCGCGCGCCGCGGCCUACGGGGCCGUGCUCCAGGGACACGCGCGCAUCUACGACCGCGUCGCCCGAUUCCACGGCGCGUCGUCCUUCGCGCUGCAGGACCACGACGGCCUCUGGCCCGCCGGCGAGUUCCUCGGGAACGCGCGCCUCGACAGGCUCUGGCGCGCGCCGGCGGCCAAGGGCGGCGACGUCGACCACCACCCGGGCGUGCCCGCGCACGAGUUCGUCGCCGACGCGGCGCACGCGGCGGUCCUCGCGCUCGUCCGGCGCGCGGAGCGCGGCGACGGCGCCGUCGUCCCCGACUGGGCGCCGGCCGGCGGCACGCUGGCGAGCGCUAACGAGCUCGCGGAGCUCUCCGCCUGCUCUCUGGGCAUGGCCGCGCACCUCGUCGCCGCCGACGUUGAGGCCGCGGCGAGCCCGGGCGCCCAGGUCCGCGCGGGCGGCGGCUGGUCGCUGCGUCGGGACCGCCCGGACAAGCCGCCGGGCUGGAUCGUCAACGCGACCGCGACCGCGACCUCCGAGCUGUCCAUCGUCGUCCCCUGCGGCCACACGGGCACCGUCGGCCUCGAGUACCUGCGGAGCUACGAGGGCAUGGGCUCCGUGACCGCGACGUUCGCGACGAUCGACGUCGAGAAGAUCAAGUUCAACGAGCUCAUCUGCGCGGGCGACGACGAGUGCGCGGCCUACGCCGCCGCGCCGGGGUCGAAGGUCCGGGUCUCGGCCGUCGACACCGUCGCGCUCAACGCGACGUGGCCCCAGGCCGAGUCCCUCGCCGUCGUGCGGCAGUUCAAGGUCGCGUGCCACAACCACGCCAUGGUGUGGAACCCCGUCGUCGUCAAACUGCGGCCGGACCCGGGCGACCGGGGCAAGUUCAAGCUCCUCUCCAUCUUCACGUGCUAA